UUGGCGGGUCGUGGGUUACGUUCCCGGAUGUAGAAGUGCGGUGUUUGUGCGGGAAAGCUGAAGCUGAAGGAUGAGCGAGAGGCUGAGGAUGGCAGAGAGUGGAGCUCAGCUAUUGGCCAGAAUCGAGGGUCGACAAUCACUGAAAGACAUUGAGCAACAUAUUUUCCGAGAGGACGGUGGUCCAGCUCAAGGUGAUGUUGUGGAGUUCCACGGAGUUGAAGGCAGUGGGAAGACUGAGAUGCUGUACCACCUACUGACCCACUGUAUCCUCCCCAAGGACAGCGGGGGGCUGGAAGUGGAGGUGGUCUUCGUAGACACAGAUUACCACUUCGACAUGCUGCGGCUGGUGAGCAUACUGGAGACCCGGUUGACCGGGGCGGCGGAUGAGAACGCCGACGGCUCCGAGAGAGAGACGGAGGAGGCAGUCCAUUGCUGCCUGCGGCAGCUCUCCGUCAUCCACUGCUCCAGCUCGGUCCAGCUGCUCCUCACGCUGCACUACCUGGAGGGCACCAUCUGCAGCCGGCCCUCUCUCUGCCUGCUUGUCAUAGACAGCAUCUCCGCCUUCUACUGGAUGGACCGCAGCAGCGGGGGCGAGAGUUUGGCUCGGCAGGAGUCCAACCUGAGGAAAUGCGCCGAGCUGCUGAAUAAACUCCGGAGAGACUACGGCAUCGUGGUGUUCGCCACAGCUCACGCUGUUAUGAGGAACUACUCUUCUGCAGCACACGGGUCGUCAGAAGCGAGCGGCUCUACGCCUUCCUGGAAGAAGAACGUUAUGGACUUCGACAAGCCCUAUCUCUGCAGAACAUGGCAAAAGAUACUGACUCACAGACUGGUGUUCUCAAAAUCAGAGCAGAGUCUGGAGGCAGUGGACCAGAAACAAGUUUUCUCAGUAGCGUGCAGCACUGUACGGACUAAAGGCGUGAAAAGAUGUACGUUUCAUGUCACAGAAGGAGGCGUUCAGUUUAUUGAUGAAAAAUUACAAAAAUGACUGUGCUGUUUCUGUAAAACACUGUAUUAUAUUAUAAUAAACUCAAAUAAACAAAGUCAGUGGCCAAUCAGAAAUCGGAUCAGAUCACGUAAUCCAGUCCUAGUUUGAAAAUGGAUCAAACCUUCAGUUUCUGUUGUUCAAAACUUUCCAGUAGGAUUUGGAUAACUUUGAUCCAAAAAAACAGGAUUACCCUGAUCCCAACAAGGGGUAGGAUUUCAAAGUGGAUUUCAUGAAGAAAAUGUGGUAAAACUUUAAAAUCAAAGUUUUAAAGUAAAAA